ACUCCUCAAAAAUCCACUCUUGUUGCCCGCUUCUCAACAAAACCGCCCUCCGCAGCCGUUUUCUUCUCCACCUUCUUAACAGAGGGACGACAACAGCAAUAUGUAAAGGGUAAAAUGAGCUUGCCCGCUCAUUGCGACGCGCAUUUAUAUACGAGGUCUGUCCUUCUUAAAAGAAAUGGGCAGGCUGGCAGGAAAAAUGGGCGGGAAGUUAAAAAUUUUAGAAAAGACACACUCUCUAUUCUUUAUUUUUCUCUAAUUCUCGUUAUCAAAACAUUUUUAACGUGUUUGUUGUUUACAACGAAGAGCGUCCGCCCCCUCGUUUUGACGAUGCUAUUAAUGGGCGGCGCACGUACGCUCGUUGUCUAG